GUCUGUCCUAGAACCAUGGCCCAGUUUGUCCGCAACCUGGCAGAGAAGGCCCCAGCACUGGUACACGCUGCUGUGACUUAUUCUAAGCCUCGAUUGGCCACGUUUUGGCACUAUGCCAAUGUUGAGCUGGUUCCUCCAACCCCUGCUGAGAUCCCCACAGCUAUUCAGAGCUUGAAAAAAAUAGUCAAUAGUGCUCAAACUGGUAGCUUCAAACAGCUCACAGUUAAGGAAGCUCUGCUGAAUGGUUUGGUGGCCACUGAGGUGUGGAUGUGGUUUUAUGUCGGCGAGAUCAUAGGCAAGCGUGGCAUCAUUGGCUAUAAUGUUUCAAGACCAAUCUUUAACAUCUGUUUAUAUUUGGUUUAUUAUUUGAGUGUUAUUGGACCAUGUGUGAUCAUACUGGUAUUUGAAUAAAAUAAAGAUAU